AUGUCAAAUAGAUUGGAAUCAUUAAAUAGUAGUAAGAAACCAUCUGCAUCUCCAACACCAAAAACUACGUUAAAAUUUAAACCAAAAGUUGUUCAAAGAAAAUCAAAAGAAGAAAGAGAUAAAGCUGCACCUCAAGUUAAAGUAGAACAUGAUCUACCAAAACCUUCCAGUUCACGAGGUAGAGGUGGUGCAAGAGGUGGUAGAGGUAGAGGAGGUAGAAAUAAUUAUGCUGGUACUCAUUUAGUUACUUCUGGCCCAUUAUCAGCUGGUUCUGUUUCAAUUGGGAACCCUAACGGUUCAAAAUUCGGUUUUACAAAAGAUACAUUACAUAAUAGUAAUGAAGAUGCAUCAACUCAAAAUGAAUUUAUAUCAAAUUUGAAAUUGAAAGAUAAACCAAAGAAAGAAGUGAUUGAUAAGUAUGAGGAUGAAGAUGAUGAAGAAGAAGAUAAAAUGAAAAUUAAUAUGACUAAACCUUAUAAAUUUGAUGAUUCAGAAACUGUACUAUUCCCAAUGAGACCAUAUAGAGAUGAUGGUAUAAGACGAGAAACAUAUCAACAACCAGGUGUACCAUUAGAUGAUCGUUUAGAUUCAAAAGAGUCAACCCCCAAUAUUAUAUCAUUAACUCAAUCAAGAGAAGCAACAAUUAGAUCAGAACAAAUAGAAGAUAAAUUAAAUCAAAUUAAAGAAAAUAAAGCAAAAUUAGAAAGUAAAAUUUCACAAAAUGAUCCAAUUAUAGUAGAUGAAGCUAAUAAAUUAAUCUCAGAUCAUCAAGAAAUAUUAGAUUUAUUAACUGGGAAAUUUCAAGAAUUAAAUACUAAUGAAGAUGAUGAUAAAUAUGUAUUUUUCCAAUUACCUAGACUCUUACCAGAAUAUCAAAAUCCAGUAAAACCAGAAGAUGAAGAAAUGGUGGAAGAUAAACCAACUGACACCGAAGAAGUUAAAUAUUCAACAUUAUCAAAUAAUAAAUCAAAGAUACGUGGUGAAAUAGGGAAAAUUAACAUACAUCAGUCAGGUAAAAUUUCAAUAGAUUUAGGUAAUGGAAAUAAAUUAAAUGUUACAAAAGGUGCUCCAAGUGAUUUCUUACAAGAAUUAGUUUUGAUUGAUUUAGUUCCAAAAUCAACAAUUAAAAAACAAAAAGAUGAAGAAGGAGAAGAAAAUGAUGAAGAUGUUGAAAUGUUGAAUGAACAUGGCAAGAAAGUAGCUGGUAAGGUAUUAAGAUUAGGUACAGUUAAUGAAAAAAUUGUAACAACUCCAUAUAUACCAUGA